AUAUAUAUAAAUCACGCUUAAAACUUUUGUGGUGUAUUGUGAAAGACCGGUGUAGGAGUCAACAUCUAGCAUCAAGCUAGAACGAAAGAAGAUCAAGUGCUCGAAGAAUCGAAAGAAAUAAGAAUGAAGUUGUGUAGAUCCUAUCUUUGGUUGGUCUGUACAGUAUUUCUUCACCAUACCUUCGCUGAUGUAUAUUUGCAUACUCCUAGAGGUUCAAACAACAGACUAGAUGGAGAGAAUGCAAAUCGUCAAAACAACAACAGGGUAUUUGACUCUCAGAAUAAUGCGAAAGGAGGCUAUAAUGUCGCUGAGAAGAACGAGCAAAAAAGUACUGAUUGGUUUCAUAUGAAUUACUACAUGAGUGGUUCAGGCGAGGGAAAUGAAACCAUCUUACCAAUCGAGUGGACAAACCAACACGGUUGCAGACAUCGCGAUGUUAACUGUAACUUUGUUCUGCAAUACAAAUGUCAACCAACUUCUAUCACAGAGCAACAUAGAGCAAUGAGGAAUGGCAGAACAAGGCAGACACCGCAGUAUGGUAAGCAGAACUUUAAUACCUAUUCAGAGAAGGAGAACCGUGUUAAAUCUGAUGCUGGACAAGACCGAGUGCUUAAUGAACCUUGGGAGUGGUAUGAUAAAUGCAAUACACGGAAACGAAAUAAGGGACUAUUUACUGCGGAUCAGGAUUUGAAAGGGGAGACAUCUAAAUAUACCAGGCAAAACCCUAAUGGUGGCCAGUCUGGUUACGAAUGUCCCGAAGAACGUGACUACUAUCCAUACUGGCAUCCGACGGAUUGGAUAGAUAUUGCUGUGCUCGCUGAAAGAGCAUCACAUUGUGAGAAAUACUAUAAAGAAAGUUUUAAUACAAAUUCAAAAGGUGAAUGUAUUGAACGUUAUAAGAAUGGCGAUAGAAAUCGUCAUGCUUCAGAACACAACAACAAAGCUGCCUGUGAAGGUAAUGGAGGAAAAUGGGUGAACUUUGAUAACUACCUGGAGAUUGUCCCUGAUAAAACAGAAGCUGAAUGUCAAAGCAUGGGAGAAAAAUAUUUUUGGGGAACACCAUAUCGCUCUGAAGAUAUUGAUCAACUGGAAGGGGAAGAUCCGGAACAGUGGAAAAAGUGUCUGGUGAGGUUGCCAAAACCAGUUUGUAGAGUGGCACCUAGAUCGCGUACUAAUCACCUUGGAAACGUAAGAGGAAUUCGCCCGGCGGUGUUCUACUGGAAACUCCCACAUUUCCCUUCUGGACAGGAGCAACGAUGCGUACUUCGUAUUAGAUAUAAUAUCUCAACUGACGACUACAAUCCACAUCAAACGUUCUCUUCUUCAAAUAACGAUGAUGACGUUAUCUCAAACGACCCAGAUGUCAAUGUUGGACAAGAGGGGGACAACAAAGUUACACUACAACUUGCAAUCAACACAGCUCAGUUUGGUCGCGUUUUCCAAGAUCGUUCGCACAUUUUUAAAUUGAUACCAAGAAAAGAUCAUUUCGAAUCUGGUCGCAUCAUUAAUCUUAAUGUUAGGGGGAAGCGUGGAAAUAUUGUUCAAGUUUACCCAGCUGUUGAAUACGACUUCACCUUUAAAAGUCUAGUAAUACGUUCUACAGAUUACGUCCAUAUGCAGUUUGCUGGCUCCAACAAAAAUCCAAGUGGAAAUGAUGGCGAAGGACGUCGGCAAACGGACAGAAACAACUUUGUAGCAAUGAGAAGGCCUGGCCUAAGCUACCCAUUAGAAGAUACCGCAGAUACAUUAUUUGACCGAGCAACUGUCAUCGACGCACCCGACCCAGACGACUUAGCCAACACAGAAACUGGUGCUGACAUAGUAACUGCAAUGGCAACCGCCGGUCGUUUCAAGCGUGCUCAAGACGUGCCCAAUCCAUUUCAGUUUGGAAAUUGUAACGCUCAGCAAGCACAACAGCUGGACUGCGUUCCACCUUCUUGGACUGGAUUGCUCUUGCGUCUUAGCCCUGGCAGGUAUUACUACAUGUGCACCCGAAACAACAACUUCUCGAACAGAAAUCAGAAGGCCAGCAUUAGAGUUAGAACUUAAACCUUAAUAGCACUGACACUUCACUGGAACUUUUCCCACUUCGGUGAUGAACAAAUAAUUGAAUAUUGUAAACACGGAAUUGUAUAUCCCAUUCCAUUUGUUGAUUUUGCACUAGUCCUAAAUUUUCAACACAAAUUGUCUGUAUUCCGCACAACAUUAAGCUAUUCUAGCUAAUUAAAUUUUCUUUUUUCGUAUGAAAAUAUAGAUCGAUUGUAUUAUCAAUGAGCAUGGAGACGCUAUCAAUUUGACUAUUAAACAUAG